GCAGCGAGCGGCUAAACUGGCAAUGGCAAUACUUGUAAGAUUUUAGACGAACUUGUUACGAUUACACAGCUGAGGGUUGAAACGAAAAUUCACAUUCACUGCACAAAAUAACCGAUAAUAAUAUUAAAAUUGACAAGAAAUGGCUGGAGAACAAGUCGUAAAAUAUUAAUGCAAUUAAGACUUCUAUAUAUAUAGUCUUUCCACGCAAUUUUCUGUAAUAUGGGCUAAUAUUAAGUGCACCGUCGUUUAAGAAAGCUGCAGGACCUGGAAGUAUUAAACAUCAUGCAGACUUCAUCCACAUCCAUUAUCUAUCAAUUUGGUGCUAUUGCGAAUAAAUGAUUGGGAAAGACUGUUGAAAAUUUCAAGUUGAAAUUAGGAACAAUAUGUCGACUCCUCCAAGUACAACAGCAUCGGAAAUUCCGGUACAAAAUAUACCACCAACUAGUGCGUUAUCAAAUGACAGCACGCUGUUGCCAACUCCUGUCACAGGGAUUUCCUCACUGCCGACGGUCACGACCACUAACCCACCAGCACCGCCAGUAGUUCCACCCCGUGUAAAAAGGAGAGCACCACUCCCACCGGGUGGACCACCACCAGCACCUCCUCCUCCGAAGGUGUCCACACCAACAACACUGUCAAGUACACCAACAGCACCUUCAGCAGACAUUACAAAGGGAGUACACUUAGGAUACGGAAUAUACCCUACUUCCCCAUCAACAACACUUCCGAAUGCACCAAGUGUACCCGUAAAAGUGCAUCCGGGACCAACCCCCACUGCGCCAUCAUCCACAACUCCAACAAUACCAUCCCCUACAAAACCAACUGCACCACCCCCUUCAAUUCCAACUGCACCACCCCCUUCAAUUCCAACUGCACCACCCCCUACAAAACCAACCGCACCACCUCCAACAAUUCCUACGGCACCACCCCCACCAAUUCCUACUGCACCACCCCCACCAAUUCCUACUGCACCACCCCCACCAAUUCCUACUGCACUACCCUCCACAAUUCCAACUGCACCACCCCCUUCAAUUCCACCUGCACCACCCCAUAGUCUCCCAAAUGUAUCAGCAUCCUUAAGUGGUGUAUCUCCAUCACCGCCAAUUUGCCGAGUUGUGCCAAUUUCAACAAAGUCGACGGUUGAACCCACGCCAACAGAAACCGCAGUUGCAUCCUGCCUGUCCUUGGCGUCACUUGUACUAGGAAAAAUACCUUACACGCCUUUGCCAGUAGUUGAGCCAACGCCAACACUACCAGAACCGGUCGCCUCCCAGCUCAAUCCAUCCAAGCAACGGCGACAAAAUUUGGCUGGAUUUGAAAAUGGAAAUUGGUAUAAAAUCCGCAAUGUUGGAGAUAACUCUGUUGUGCAUUUAAAUCAAGACAGUAAAUUCAUUUGCAUGGAAGAGGAUGAUGACAAAUCAGACUUCCAGUUAUUCCGAGCCAUACAACAGCCGAAUGAAGAUUUUAGAAUCACGGCCAAGAAAUCUACAGAAAGUAUUCAAGUGUGGGACUAUCUACCUCACAGAGGACUUUUACUUCAAAAAAAACAAUCAGACAAGACAGAUAAAUUCACCCAAAAUUUUAGGUCUGAAGCCGUCCAAGGUUUUAAUUCACUUUAUUUAAUCCAGUCUGGACCAUUACCAGAAUCUCAACUUUGCUUAAAAAACAUGGGAAUUGGAGAGCAGAUCAAACUCAUCGAGAAGAAUGAAGAGUCUGCCUCGGACCAUUUCACCCACUGGUAUUUAGAGCUACAAGAGUGAAAGACCCAAUUCUUACAUGAAUCGGUGUGAUUUAUUAAGAAACCUCUUUAUAUUCUGCAAUAAGACAAUGAGACAAACCCGAUGUGGCUUUAAUAUUCCUCAUAACAAUACUUUGCUGAGUUGCAUACAAACAUUUGAUAUAUAUGACAGUACUUACCAAAACCAACAAUUAAAUAAUAAUUGAAAAUAGUUAAA